AUGGCUCAAAUUCUUUUAAACACAAAAGAAAAUACUCUUACAAAACCGGAUUUGGAGUUGGAAGUACUCAAAUACCUUUUGCUUUACAAAAAUAGUGAGGAAGUACUGAAAAUAGUACGUGAAGCGGAGGAAAAACCGAAGGAGAAAAAGCCACGAAGGCGACCACGUAAACAUCCAAUUGAAGAAUUAGAAGAGGAGACUGAAGAAGAAGAGCCAGAGAGUAGUUCAAGUGAUUUAGAGUUGGAAUUGGAUGAAUGUGUAGCUCGUAGAACAAGAUCACAUAGAGAGAAUUGA